AUGGAGACAGCAAAGCGAGUCAUCCACCAUGUCGGCGUCAGCCAGCGUGGGACCAUUAUGUCAGCGCUGGCUCCCACUGACCAUGCGGGUGCCACGUGUUUCGAGGAGUACGUACGAACGGCGCAGUUCGUCCCCUUCAUGCGAGAUGUGCUUCGAGUCAUCGAGGAGGAGCUCGGGCUCACUUCCUACCACCUCCGGCUGCUUCCCUGGCCGGGUGGAGCCAGUGAUCUUCCCGCCGCGGUUUCGGGCGAUGAAGCCCUGGCCCUCUUUUUGCUGACCGAGGACUCGCGGCCCGUCUGCCAAGCAGCGGCUGCGGCAGGCUUCUUUGUCUACGUGGCGGGGACGAACGCAGUCGUCCGCUUCAUUCCCGCCAUGGCUAAUGCGGAUGACCUGGAUGCUCCCAUCAUCUACCAGGAUGCCUCCGGGAAGCAUGUCGAAGUGCCAGGCCUGACGCUGCGGAGCUGCCUCCUGCGUGGGGAGGAGCCCGAGGCAAAGGUCCGCUGCAGCUUAGACUUUCAGGGGCGCUCUUGCUACGUGGUUGUGAUGGCGCCCAGCUCCAGGGCCUCGCGCUGCGCGCUGGAGAGCGGCGAAGUCGUCCGCCGCCAGAGUGAGCUGGAUGACGAGGAGCUGGCGACCUUCUGGCAGACAGGCGCAGAGAUGGCCGACAACCACGGGAGCUUCGACGAAAUGCACCUGAAUGCCGGGAACUUCCAGAAUGUUGCGCACAUGCAUCUCAAG